CCGCGGCCCGGCCCGCCCUGCCCUCCCCCCAGCACCCCGCGAGGAACAGCUCCGUGCAGCUUGCGGCACCGCAUUGAAGGGGGAGAGAGGGAGAAGAGAGACGAGAGGGGAGGAAGGAGGGAAGGAAGCAGCCCGCCUGGUCGGGUUACCGAGAGCAAUACGGGAGCUUCCAGGACAAACUGAAUCUUUCCCAAAAAUAGCUCUUCCAGGGUUAGGCUCUUUUUUUCUUUUAUUCUUUUUUUUUUUUUUUUUUUUUCCCUUUCAGCCGAGCGCACAGGAGAGGUGCCCCCUCCCAGCGUGCACCCGACCCGCCGGCCUGAGGGGCACCCGCAGCACAGCCGGCAGAAUGUACCAGGGCCACAUGCAGGCAGUAGGUGAAACCUUGAAGAAAAAGUGGCUCUGUCUUCAAAAAAGUGACCUGACCUUUGCUUUGGGAAAAGGCUCUAGGGCGGCAGAUAAGGCUGUUGCCAUGGUGAUGAAGGAGAUUCCGAGGGAUGAGGCUGCAGAGGAAAAGCCCCUCCUCACUAUGGCGUCACAGCUAGUGAAUGAGCAACAAGAAAGCAGACCCCUCCUGAGUCCCUCCAUUGAUGACUUUCUCUGUGAAACUAAACCAGAAGCUGUUGCAAGGCCUGUAACUUCAAAUACUGCAGUAUUAUCAACAGGUCUGGAUCUCUUGGAUCUUAGUGAACCUGCCUUACAAACCCAAAACAAAGCAAAGAAAUCAGAGAAUCCAUCAAGAGGUGAAGGCUUAAAAACUUCAACCCACAGAAAGAAGACAGACAAUUCUGACCUUAUCAAUGUGGAUACUGAACAGAAAGUUCAGACUGUCAGAGUUUCAGACAAGUCUUCACUAGAUUUAGUUGAUAUUCAGACACAGAUUGAGAAAUGGGAUGAUGUCAAUUUUCCUGGAGACAGGAGUUGCAAGGUCCAUCCUUCUGCCGAACGGACGUCAACAUCAUCGUCUAGAGCUCCAUCAAAAGAGCUUUUAUGGUCCACAGAAAAUAGAUCACAGUCUGAGCUGACUAAUGUCAAGAACGCUUUCGACGCUGAUUCAACAUCAGAACUAGAAGUAGCACCUGCAAUACAGGUGCGAUCAACUAAGGAGCAGCGUUGGGGAGGGCCUCUUCUCUCAAGAAAUCACUCACUAGAAGAGGAAUUUGAAAGAGCAAAGGCAGCUGUAGAGUCAGACACAGAGUUCUGGGAUAAAAUGCAAGCAGAAUGGGAAGAAAUGGCUCGCAGGAACUGGAUUUCAGAGAACCAGGAAACACCAGGGCAGGUCACCAUCUCUACAAUUGAGAAGGGAUAUUAUUUCCAUACAGAAAAUCCUUUCAAAGACUGGCCAGGUGCUUUUGAGGAAGGACUGAAAAAAAUGAAAGAAGGUGACCUGCCCGUUACAAUCCUGUACCUGGAGGCUGCUAUUCUACAGGAGCCCAAUGAUGCAGAGGCCUGGCAGUUCCUGGGCAUAACACAGGCAGAGAAUGAAAAUGAGCAAGCAGCCAUUGUCGCCCUCCAAAGGUGCUUGGAACUGCAGCCAAAUAACCUAAAAGCUCUGAUGGCAUUAGCUGUCAGUUAUACUAACACAGGCCAUCAACAGGAAGCCUACCAAGCUCUAAGAAACUGGAUAAAGCAAAAUCCAAAGUACAAGUAUAUUGCGAAAAGCAAAAAAGGGUCCCCAGCACUCACCAGGAGAAUGUCCAAGACCUCAGAUGAAAGCUCAUUACUUGAAGAAGUAAAGGAUUUAUACCUGGAGGCUGCUCACCAGAAUGGUGACAUGAUAGACCCUGACUUGCAGACAGGACUUGGAGUUCUUUUCCACCUGAAUGGAGAAUUUAACAGAGCAAUAGAUGCAUUUAGUGCUGCUUUAACUGUUCGGCCAGAGGACUACACGUUAUGGAACCGUCUUGGGGCAACCCUGGCAAAUGGGGAUCGAAGCGAAGAAGCCGUUGAGGCCUACACACGUGCUUUAGAAAUACAACCUGGCUUCAUCAGGUCCAGAUACAAUUUAGGCAUAAGCUGCAUCAACUUAGGAGCGUACAGAGAGGCCGUCAGCAAUUUUCUCACUGCUCUCAGUUUGCAAAGGAAGAGCAGGAAUCAACAGCAGGUUCCCCAUCCUGCUCUAUCAGGCAAUAUUUGGGCAGCACUUCGAAUUGCUCUGUCUAUGAUGGACCAGCCAGAACUAUUUCAAGCUGCCAAUGUGGGCGAUCUAGACAUUCUAUUAAGAGCUUUUAAUCUGGAGCCGUAAUACCAAGCAUCCACACAUUAAGUUACAUUAGGAAGCAGAGAACUCUUUUAUUACUCAUCUCAAAAUGACCACAAUUUAGAAAAGAUCACGGCUGUAGAUCACUAGGGGAAUCCUCUCAGAUGUUAAUCAAAAAAGAAAAGUUCAAAAGCACAAAAUAUUCUAAAUAUGCUCAGACUCAAAGGAUCCAAAUGAGCAGCAGCUGAUCUGACAAAGCCCUGAAUUAGAUGAAGAUCUUCAUCCCAUGCAAGCUCUCUCUCUAUAUACACACACGGCUAUACAAAGAAAUACAUGAAAAACAAACCUAGAUAAUUAUUAUCACACAUUAAAAUGGCAAACAACACAUCCAAGGAACCUGCUUAAUACCUCACCACACUAUGCCGACAUCACUUUGCCGUACAACAUGAAUUCUUCAUCCUUUGCUUUCUCUGAAACAUCUUCUCAAGGUCCAUCUUUAACUUAGCUCUGAAAACAGAUGCAUGCAAAAUGGAUGUAUUUUGUUUUGAAUGUAUUUAUGAAUCGGCAUUCAAGAAAAUCUUUGCUUCUGAAGGUACCCUGAUUAAUUUGGGCCAAGUUUGGUGUAAACCACGUGCGAUAUUAACAGGAAGACUGUACAUGGAGGUCUAUGAGAUUAGACCAUGUAUAUAUUGAAAGGACAGCUGUUGCAAGCAGAAGCAGUAAUUUGCACUAGAAUUGUUGCUGUUUAAACCAGCUACUCCUGAUCGUGGACAGAGAAUGUCUGCUUCAAAGGAGCUCGCAGCAGGAUCUGUCAGUGUGUACUUAUGCACUUUAACCUUUCUUUUUGUAAAAUUGUGCUAUGAGUUAUUUUUAUUUUAAUUACUAAAUACAGAAUAUACAGGAUAGCCUUGUUGGCAUAGAGGACCAAAUAUCAUUUCCUGAAAUGUGAUAAGAGGGUUUUCAAAAUUCUUAUGUUUAAAUGAUGCAAAUACAAUAUAAACUGCAAUAUCUAUUAGAUUAUUCUAUAAUGCAUCAGGUACUACAUAUGCAUGCAUGUGCAUGCACAUAUUAUGUGUAUUAUAUCAUUCAGAACAUAUUAAGCCACAGAGCACUUUUGCAAAUAAAGAGAAGUCUUCAUAGGAGCUCAUACCUGCAAAGCAUGCUCAAGGGAAAGUUUUUGCUGAGAAGUAUCCUCUAUUUUAUGCUUGUACGAUCGGGACUGAGAUCCAAUCCUGCUGUUGUGGCAAACAGUAGUGAGAAGUUUCAGUGACAUCUAUCUCAGCAGGAUAAAUGCUUAGAUAACGCCAGUAUUCCUAGCUACUUAAAAAUAUAUACGCGUAUCGUUUUAAGUUUUCCCUGCUUGGAUGAAUGGGGAACAGAAUCAAGGGAUGGGGCUGCAGUGUUACUCAACAAAUUGAUUGAUUUUGGUACAAUGCAAACAGGCUUAGAUCAAGAUAAACACAUCAGUCAAAUACAGGAACACAUAUAUUUCUAAGGGGAUUCAUUUUCAGUUAUUGGUAUUUUUACUACUUCACCAGUAUGAGCUGAAGUUUCUUGCAGCUGUCUGUUAUUUUGAGCAGCCACUUAAAGGAAAAUUCCAUCUCAGUGCAAUCACUGCACCUAAUUACCAGCACAAUUGGUUGAAAUAAUCAUUUCUUAUAAAAAAUAAGAGGCUUACCUCUCAUUCAUGCCCACAGAAUAGAGGUGCUGAAACAGCUACAAGAACUUACUCAUAGUGCUCUGUUAAUUCAUUGUUUAUAUACAUCCCUAUUUAUUUAUCAAGCAUAUAAUGACUUUAUUUCUUCUAUUUUCUCUAAGGACCAGUUAUCAAAGACUGACUGGGAAUGACAUUUUAGCUAAGCAUGCUGCUGUACACAUAUCUGCUGACAACAGUUUGCUCUUUGCUUUGGCAGCGAUGUGUGAUGACGGCCCCGUACCGAUAAGGCAGAGCAGAAGGUGCAUUGCAAUUGAAUCUGGGAGGUGAUAAGAGGGAAGGGAGGCAGCUUUGAGAAGAGAUCGUAAACCAAAGGCAUAUGUGCUUAGAUUUUGCUUGAUGCCCUACCAUGACAUGAGUCCUUCUAGAAUAUCCUCUGUGCUGAAGGAUAACCAGGGAUUACCCAGAGGAAUGAGCUGCUCAAUAAAUAUAUUUUAAUACCUUUCAAAUAAAAAACCCCUCAAGUCAGAAUAACAAGGAACAUUUGAUAUUGAUGACAGUUUACUAAACCUCUAUUUUUUUUCCUUAGCACAUGUAUGACUAACACAGAAAUUUUGUUAGGAAAACCUGUUGGGCAGCCUCUGUGUCAGACUUCCCUGCGCUCCUCAGCUGUUGGUACUUCUAGGUUCAGUGCUGUAUUCUGGGCCUUACUUUUCUCCUUUAAGCCCCCACCACCAAAACACUGUCAGCACAGGACAGGACUCCACGUGGCUCUGGUCUGACCUCCUCAUGGUCAGGAGGCUGCAGACUCUGUAAUUCCAUCCAGCCAUGAGGCAGGAUAAAUAAGGCUGCUGAACAGUAGCAGAUUGAGUUUGAGAGUGAGAGACAGGAAAUCUGGGUCUUCAUCUCAUUGCUCCCUGCGAGUUCUUCCAGUCAACAACUCCUCCUAUCCCCUACUCAUUCAGGUGUGCAAGGAAGGAAGGGCAGACAGCCACUGUGCACUGUAGAACUGCAUAAAGGCAGAGGAAUGCUGUUGUCUCACAGACAGUGUAUGUAGGGUCACCCACAUAAACUCAGAGGAGGCAAUACAAGAAUAUGGUUACUCAGAUCCAGGAUGCAGUUUUACUUAAAGACUAGAAUUUGAGCAGAGAUGAGACCCUGAGACAGUCCAGGGUGACAACAGCACAGCACCUCCAAGCUGAUGCUAAAUUAGUGCUGUGAUAAGUUUAUCAUCACCUCCCACUCCUGCUUCCCCUUCUUGCUACUCCCCUCUUUCUCCAGAGGUAAUGCAUGACUGCCAGGUAAUUGACUGCAAGCUUUUCAGUCAUUCCUCUGUCUUAUCUAUUUCAUGCAAGAAGCACUUUCCUAACGCAAACUUUUGACUGUCCCUCCCCUCUGCCAAGAUUUAUGAGUAUUCAUAACAAGUCUGAUCCAUGAAGCUGACGAACACUCAAAGUCUGUGGUCUUUGCAUGAUUAGCUCAAACACAGUCAGCAGAUGAGGGCUGCCUUCUGAUAGCACUGUACGUGCUGAACAGUCACCAGAACCAAAGGGAUUAUUUACAGAGCGAGGCUUUACAAUGAAAGCAACAGGCUCAUUUCUUGCUGAUCUUUUUAAACUGUAAUGACUCUAAAACCCUUGUUUCAAUAGACUGGUUUAUGUUUGUUUAAAGUGUGGAUUUGAUCUCUAGGUAAAUACAAACAUAUCUGUAUGUAAUGGUAUUUUCUUAAGAUCUGUUAAAUCAGAGCACUCCUGCAACUAUCCAAGGGAAGGUUCCAAUACUCCUAAACUUCCUAUGGCAAUAUUGCAUGCAACUACACCAACAAAUAACUGUACUGAAAUACUAAUAUACAGCAUGUGGUGCUGCUACCUGAGUAUAUGUUUAGAGAAUGCAUGCAGAGGGUGCACACAUAGGGUAUUUUUAAUCUAUUAAUCAAUAUCUUCUGUGGAUACUUUAAAAGCGAUUUAUAUCUGCCAAAUUCAAGACCGAGUUCAGGUUAUUUGGAACAGUUCAAACAAAACAGAGCCCUUUUAAAACCUCAACCUCAGAAAUCACCGUAGUGUGGAUUUCAUGUUUAAUUGGUGACAGACAUCCACAGCAAGACUGUCUGCACACAAGUUCUGGUAUCUUCUUAAAAAUCAAAAAGUGAGCAUGCACAGCCUUCACCUGUCAGCCUUCAGCCUUCACAAUCAGCUGAGUGAUUGGAUUUACACAUUUCCCUUAUGAGUUUAAACUAGAUAGCACUAAACCAGAGAAAGAUUCCCACAAUCACUGAAGCCACUGUUGUCUUGUGUGCACUUACCAUGGCCAGGCUUCCCAACCUUGUCCGCUAGCUCUGAAGGAUGCCUGUCCCUCUGACUGUUCUGGUUUAAACAUGUAGAUGUAAAACUUCACCACGCUGACAAUCUCCUGCAUCCACCAAUUCCAGCUGCGGAUGCCUGACUCGGCUGAAAGCUCAACACAAUUUAGGGCCAAUUUAGAAAACCUGGGCUUGUCCAUCAGGUGGGCAGGAGGAUCUCAGCAGCACCAACAGAUCAGCCAGGUGAUCCUACCAACAUCUGUAGAGCACAGGCCUCCACGUCAGGAGUAAUAACCAAUGAAUUAUCCACAGCCAGAGGCCUAAAUCAUUGCCUGUCAGAGCCCAUGGGAAUUGGGACUGUCACACAGAUUGGCUGUAGGUCUCUCUUGUCUGAAUGUGAGUCUGCAAAAUGAGACACAUUAGUUACUUCACAUAAUAAUCUGCACAGUUAAAGAGAUUUCUGGUCAGCAGUGUUGUCAAUUUUGCAGUCUGUGCAGCGAAUCUAUGUUGUAAGUGCUUAUAAUACAGAGCAUUUACAGAUAGAAGUGGCAGGCAGAAAAAUGCACUGCACAUUGUGAAAAUAACUGGUGGUUUAGGCCAUACGCAAUAUGGUAUUAUCUAUUAUUCAAACCUCAUCUAGGCUAGACAUCAGAUUACUUCAGUAUAGUUCUAUUUCUAUUUCUGGACUGCUGAAAUGUAUCAGAGACAAGAGUACCAUGCAUGAAGUGACCAGUGAUGCUUUGAACAAACCUAAGCAAAAGGAUAAACAAGCAUGGCCCAGGACCCAGGAAGGUGUCAGAGCCUCAGCCCACAGGCAAUAGGUGCUGUGCAUGGAGAGAGACAGAAGGAAUACUGAGCUGUAACUUUACAAGGAAUACUGAGCUGUAACUUUACAAAUGCCUGUACAUGUGACAGCAAGCUUGCAUGGUCAAGACUUAAUGUGCUUUGAUCUUUUUUUUCCCCUUCCACAUCUACAGACUGUCACUCACAUUGGCUAGAACUUUAAUUUAAACUGCCUUUUUAAUAUCAGCAAUUAUUGUAAAUUCAGAAAAAUCAAAACAUUUAUAAAUAUAUUUUAUAUAUCAGAGUAUAACAUAUCUAAAGUAAAAUAAAACUAUAUAGUUUUGCAUUCUGUGCAGCUGCUUCUAUAUGCUGUAAACUGUUUGAAAACCUUUGCAAUCUUGCAUUCUUUUUUUGGCUUUAUUUUUAAGCCAACAUACAAGAAAGAAGAGACUGUAGGGUUGGCAGAUACUUUCACCUUGGCUACCUGAAGAGCUCUGCUGCCGUGCAGACUUGCGUGGUUCACUUCAUAUUUCCUAUUGGUGGGCAAGUGUACGUGCAAGGCAUGGCAGUGAGGUGGACGUGGAGGUGGGAGUUCAGCCCUACUCCUGAAUGUUUACAUUCCGUUACAAAGGUCCAUACAGACUCAGACUGAGAAUCCGAGUCUGAAAGAACGUACAGAGUUUUAAAAUGUUUCUUAUGACAAAUAAUUCACCUCUCUAAUCCCAGUGCAUUAUCAGCUGUGUACAACAUCCAACACAGAACUGUAGUUUACUGAUGCUUUAAUUUGUUGUUCCCUUGCACUGCUCUUUAAAAUAGUUGAUUUUUGAAGAAAUAAAUAGAUUAUUACGUGCAUACUGGAUGUGUUAAAUUUAUUAAGCUCAUAAUUACUAUUUGCAGAGCACCAUUUAAUGUAGUAUUUUUGUACUGUAAUGGAAGCAUGCCUUCCUUGGGUUCUUUUCCACAUAAUAAAUUGUAUUUAUUUAUCUGUAUUUAUAUCUGUGCAAUUUUUAAAUAUGUUUUAAAAAAAUAAAACUUUGUCUGUGGCUUCAAACAUU